UAUAAAAUUCUAAAUUUCAUGUUCUGCAAAAAUUGUUAAAUGUCAUAAAAUGAACUGUGUUGCUCAUCAAAAAUUUGACGGCGAUUGGCUUAUUAACGGCGCAGAUAUCUGCUGAUAUAUACCAAUUACAAAUGUAGUGCGAAUAUACAGAAAAAACAUUUAUGUACGAAACGUUGAAGAAAACAAAAGAUAAAAUAAAUUUUAAUGUGUAAUUUUUACUGAAGAAGGAGAAUGUCGACAACAAGGCAACAGCCACCAAGUAAAAUGUCCGCCCUCAAUAGGAAUGUGCCGUACCUGAAGCAACAAUUUUCGGCGCUUCUGCGAAACACAUCACCAGUGAUAACACUGAUUUGCUUGGUAACCACCGGCGGCUAUUUGCUAUCAUAUUCAUCAACAGCUGUACGUUUGCUAAGUGUUACGCCAGGUUUCAUAUUACCCAAUUCAAAAUUUUGGAUAUGGACGGCGUUCACAUUUUGUUUCAUUGAACUGCAUUGGUGGGAAGUUCUUGUUGACGUGGUGACAGUGGGCUUAUGUGGUAAAAUGUUAGAACCACUAUGGGGACAAAUGGAAAUGUUUAAAUUUUUUGCAUUAAGCAAUUUUGGUGUUUCUAUAUUAACAACUAUCUAUUAUCUCUUCUACUACAUGGUUACUAAGAAUCCAAGUAUACUAUUUGAAGUGCACAUACAUGGCUUGGCUGGUUAUGUGGCAGGCAUUUGUGUUGCAGUACGACAAAUUAUGCCGGAUCAUUUAAUCUUUAAGACACGUUAUGGUAAACUAACAAAUCGGAACGUGCCUCUUGCAGUUUUAGUGUGUGCCAUUAUUAUGUGGGCGAUCAAUUUACUAGAUGGCACUUAUCCGGCAAUGUUUGCAUCUGGCUUACUAGUUUCUUGGGUGUAUUUACGCUUUUACCAAAGACAUCCAAACGGUCGUGGUGAUAGUUCUGAAAGUUUCACUUUUGCCAGCUUCUUUCCUAACAUAAUGCAAGUUGUUAUCAGCAUUCUCGUGAAUCCAAUAUAUGUUUGUUGCUUGAAAUUGGGAGUAGUUAAACAACCAGCUCCACCACGCUCAAGUUCAGUAAUCAGUCUUACAUCUGUUGCUAUUACAACACCUGGGGUUGAUCCUCACGACGUUGAGAGAAGACGCCAAAUUGCACUUAAAGCAUUAAGUGAACGUCUGAAAUCUACUGAUUCCUCCCGACAUAAUCAGUUACCUAAAUCGUUUCCAACUGUUGCUGGGCAUCAACAUAAACAUCAUGGCCAUCAAAACCACAAUCAACAUCACCACAAUCAUGGCCAUCAGCAUCAACAUCAGCAUCAACAUCAACAUCAGCAUCAACAUCAUCAUCAUAACACUGGAACAAAAAAUGCUAUUGAUCCUGGAUCAACACCAUCAUUUUUACCUCAACUGAGCGCUGCACAAACACAGCAACCAAUAACAACAGCACGUGCUGAACCACGCAUGAUCAGUACAAUGAGCCCAAUUGCGAUUCCAAUGCCAGCACCUCCGCCUAAGGAUGGUGAUAGUUACUCUGGUUCUGCUGUUGCGACUAGUGAACGGGUUGAAACAAAUGCCAGUGAAUUAUUAAUUAAUAUGGAAUCCAGCCAAACACAAUAAAAACUUAAAAGUAUGAGAGUAGAUACGAAUAAAACGAAACAGAAGAACGCAUGUUCCAAUAUAGGCUACAAAAA